AUGCGCGACCCACUGCAGGGAGGCGGAGAGGAAACCACCGAGAGGAGGCGGGUCCUCCAACAGCCUAGACAGGCCCAGAGGCUGCGCGUACACGCAGUAGCGGUGUUCUUGGGCCGCCUCGUGGAAGCCCCGGGGAGGAGGCAAAGGAAGGGCAGAGGCACCCAAAGCGGGGUGUCACGGACCUAGAGGACCCGACCGAGCGGGAGAAUUAGGUCAGCCUCCGGGUCAUCCCGGAAGAGAAAGGAAAGUCGUCCUCUCUGGGAUCCUUCUGCCUCCCCAUCCCGAUCUGCUGAGGACCGCGGCCUGGCCCAGGAAGGGAGCAUGGAGCCUGCGAGAACGGCCCCUGGCAGCUGCAGACUCCCACCCAAGGCGUUCGUGACGUUCAAAGAUGUGACCGUGGACUUCACCGUGGAGGAAUGGGAUCUGCUGGACAGCGACCAGAAGGAGCUGCAUAAGAACGUCAUGCUGGAGAAUGCCCAGAACCUGCUCUCCAUAGGGCUUCCAGUACCCAGAGAGUAUCGGAUCUCCCCUUUUGAUCAAGAAGAGCUGAAAAACUCAUACCCAGGGCUUCCAGUUCCCAGAGAAUAUUGGAUCACCUAUUUUGAGCAAGAAGACUUGAGGAAUUUCUGUUCAGAUUCAAAGAUCAGGUUUGAUGUGAAGGAGGCGAGUGCGAAUCUGAAAAUGACCUUAUGGAAUGACUCUUCCCAGUAUGGUGGAUACAGGACUGGGCUUGCUAAAUGUGAGAGAAUCCACAUUGAAGAGAAACACUGUGAAUUCAAUCCACCUGGAAAAGCUUUCAGAAUGAGUUCCAGUGUUGCUAAAUCCAAGAGGAUAUAUAGUGGACAGAAAGGUCCCGAGUGUCCCGAGUGUGGUAAAGUGUUCUGUGUCCACUCCUCCUCCGUGAAACAGCCGAGGGUCCACACUGCAGCCAAAGCGUACACGUGCAGUCAGUGUGGAAAGGCUUUCACCCAGAGGAACAGUCUCGCGGUACAUAGGAGGAUCCACACCGGAGAGAAGCCUUAUCAGUGUGGUCAGUGUGGCAAGGCUUUCCGAUGCCCUUCCAAUCUUCGUAACCAUCAGAAAAUCCACAGCGCGGAGAAACUGUAUGAGUGCAGUCAGUGUGGAAAGGCUUUCCGGUGGCGUUCCAACCUGAACAAGCACCAGACGACCCACAUCGGAGAGAAACCUUACGAAUGCCAGUGCGGGAAGGCUUUUCGGUGCAGCUCCAACCUCAUCGAACACCAGAGAAUCCACACGGGGGAGAAGCUUCAUGAAUGCCAUCAGUGUGAAAAGACUUUCAUCAAUAAAUACUAUCUCGCCGAGCACGAGAGAAGCCACACGGGGGAGAAGCCUUAUGAAUGCAGUCAGUGUGGAAAGGCUUUCGCCCAGAGGAACAGCCUGGCUGUGCAUAAGAGAAUCCACACUGGAGAAAGACCUUACGAAUGUAAUCAGUGUGGGAAGACGUUCCGAUGCAGCUACAGCCUCAAAAUACAUAAGAGAAUCCACACGGGGGAGAAGCCUUAUGAGUGUAACCAGUGUGGAAAGGCUUUCACGCAGCACUCCCAUUUCACUCGUCACCUGAGGAUCCACUCUGGAGAGAAGCCGUACUGAAUGGCUGGAGGUGACAGAGCUUUAACUCUGUGCCCUGGGUGAGACAUCUCAUGAACGCUAUCCAUGUGGAAAUCCUGCCUGACCUCCUCCUUUUCCCCCAUCUGAGAACUCCCACCAAGUAGAAAUCAUGCCUUCCCUGAGUGGGGAAAGGCGUUCAAAUGGCACAGAGCACCCUGGACAUCAGAAAAUGGGUCUUGGGAAUGAGCCUCACAUGAACUCACAGUGAGGCCUUCAGCCCGAGGCCAUCUCUGACUUGACAUCAGAAGGUUCGGCGCGGAGAGAAGACCCAUGCACGCGCUCGACGUGGACUAGACAGCCUUAAGUGAACUUGUAGGAAGGCCUUUGCCUGGAACGCGUACUUCUGUGCAUAUUGGAAGACUCUUGCGGGAGAUCAAACGUUAAUUAAUGAUGAAAGGCCUCUUCCUGCAGCAGAGACCCCCUUAGACACUGCACAUUCCAUACUGUGCACCGAGCGCCAGAAGUGGAUUGAAUUUGUCUCUGAGAUCAGACGUUUACUCACGCCUCCUGUAGCGUUCCCUGGUAGUCUAAUACCACGAUUUCUUCAGCCAUUCCCCCGCUGAGUGGUAAUAAUGGAUGCGGUUCCAUGAUCCAACGGGUACGCGUCACGGUAUAAAGAUUUUAGCGUCUGUGGGAUCUUUAUGUUUACCAUGAUCUCUUUAGGCAGCAGCUGUCCUCGAAUCGUUUAAAUUCGGUCUCUGAUCAUUGUUGGCUGUGUGAGCCUGGGAAAAUCACGUAGCCCGUUAUGGCCCGAGUUUCUCCAUUUGUGCAGCGGGGAUGCAAUAGCGCCUACUUCCCAGGGUCAGUGAAAGGAUCAAGUGAGAAAAUAGUUAUGAAAUGCUGUGCAAGGACUCAAUCGCUAUAUGAAUACUGCUUACUGUUUUUCCUCAUAUCCUAUGUUUCAUAGCAAAGUCAGUGUGCUCAACGUGUGGGUCUUUUUAUUCAAAUUGACAUUCAGAACGUGUAUAUUAGGGAUCGGGGUUCAAAGUUGGGAAGACGGGCUCAGAAUCUACUUUAAAUGUUCUCUAGCUGGGUAGCUAUGGCUGAGGAAUGACCUCGCUGUCCCUCAGUCUGCUCAUCUCUAAGAGGAAGAGGUUGGGCUCAGACCUCUGUUCCCUCUGACACUAAAACUGUGUUCUCAGCCAAAGUGCAGCCGUAUCUCUUUCUACAAACCUCUCCCAGUAUUCUAAGAAGGAGAGCUGGCAGGUCUAAAUCUGAAACUGGAACAGUCCGAGGCCAUCGUCCAAACCCCUAAAAUCAGAGAGCUUGUACAGAUAUGUGUAAUAUAGACAAGAAAACGAACACAGAACCUCUUGAUGGACACAUCCAAAGACCUCGAUGGCUGAGACUGGACUUACUAAUCAUUACAAAGUCCUGGGAUCACUGGCAGGCAGUGUGGCAGACUGGAAUAGACCAGCCUCUCCUAGUGUAGACCAGGAUUAGCUCCAAAUGCAUACAUGAUAAAGAGCUGAAAGAUCACCCCAAAGAAACCGGAGGAAUCAUGAUGAAUAUUCAUUUUGUAAAUUAUGAAAAAGGGAAGACCGCAUCACUAGAGAAGAAGCGGAGAUCAUACAAAACAAAAUGAGGAAUUUGCAUCCAUGAAGAAACCAAAGUAUCUAACUAUUAAAGGAAGCCAUCAAGUGGCAAAGUGAUUUGCAGUAAGUUUCUCUAAUAAAAGUCUCAUAUCUGAGGGAUAUAAAAAAUACAUACAGAUUUAUAUAAAGGAGCCAAUCCCUAGUAGAUAUAUGAUCAAAACCUAUGAAUAGACAGCUUCUAAGGAAAGAAGUCCAAAUUUUCAGCAACUUUCUGAAAAAAGAUGUUCUACGUCUUUAAUCAUUAAUCCAAAUAACUAGUAAUUUAAAAUUUUCAGAUUGGUAAAGGUAAUAAGAAAGUGACAGGCACAAAUAUGGGAAGGAAUUUACAAAUAUGUAUAGUGAGAGAAAAUUUUCUCACAUUGUCCAGGCCCAAAGAAAAUGAUUAUAUUCCACCCUGCACCCUGAAUCCUUCAUCUCUAUCAGGAUUUGGGUAGCAUAUUUCAACCUUCUUCCGCUGGAGAUAAAAAGUGUUCAUGUGCAUUAAUCAGUGUUCUUAAGCCUUUCAUUACAAUACUGUUGUUGUAAAGUGUUUUGAUUCUGCUCACUUGACUUUCCAUCAGUUCAUAUGAUCUUCCUCGUGGCUCUGCAACUCUCACAAUCAUCAUUUCUUACUUUUUCUUUGUGUAUAUUAGUUUCAUGAGUCUCGAGAGUUCAUGUCAGAGAGAGAAAAUGAAUGUUAAUUUAAAAAUUCAAUUUUGAAAACAAGCUAAAGCAUGUAUGCUUGAAUUCACUAGUAAUCACAAGUAUCUUAAUUAAUUCUCUCUUGGUGGAGAUGUGAAACCCCAAAAGUAAUAUCCUGAGACGCGCUGGCAUCAUCAGGAUGUCCUUAACGUCAAAGAGAGACGAAGUAUACAAAAUAUAUAAAAAUAUUUAGAAUAUCUUCUUUUAUUUGGUCAAAGAAUUAGCAACCGAGGUUUGAUGCCCAACUACAGUGCAACAGCAGGAGAAAUAUUGGUAUGUGAGUGGAAUUGAACACAAACAUGCUAUCAAAGAUAGGCAAUUUCAUUCCAAACUCAAGUCAUCUGAACUGUUGGAAUGAACUGAAUAUCAUCAUGGGAAUAAAUUGAUAAUAAUAACAACAUUGCUAAAGACCAAGAACUUUAAAAAGAUAUUACAACUGAUCAUUUUAAUGACAAACUACUAUUCCAGAAUAUGUCUAAAAAAGACCUCUGCUACCUACAUACUGACCAAAAUGUGAGAGAUUCAAGAUGAUUGAUAAAUAGUACAUUUGUGGAUAUGGACAAGGUAGGAAUUGAUUUUGCUUGAUUGUGUGCUUUCAUUUCAAAUAUUGUUUUUGCUAGUGUUCUGUGGGAAACUUUGGCAUUUUGAGUGUGAUUGGGAAGAGGAGUGUCCCAUGCACAAAAAAGAAAGGAAGGAAAUUAUUUAAUUUUUCCCCAGUUGCAUUUAGAAAAAAUCCAAGAACAUUUUUUCCCUAAAUUUUGUGUUCCAAAUUCUCUUCCUCCCUUCCCUUUCAUUCUCUGAGAGGGUAAGCAAUCUAAUAUAGUUUAUACAUCAGCAAUCAUGUCAACUAUUUUCAUAUUAGUCAUUCUGUGGAAGAAAUCUCCAACCAAAAAAUAGAAAAUUUAAAAAAAAACAUGCAUCAGUCUACAUUUGAGACUCCAUCAGUUAUUUCUCUGGAGCCAGAAGAUAUUUUCUUUUUAAUCUUGAGUCUUUGAAUCAUUAUAUGACUGAGAAUAGCUAAGCCAUUCAUAGUUAACUGAUUUUACAGUAUUGCUGUUACGAUGUACAAUGUUCUCCUGGUUCUGCUCACUUCAUUGUGCCUCAGUUCAUGUAAGUCUUUGCAGAUCUUUCUGAGAUCUUCCUGUUCAUCUCUUAUAGAAUAAUAUAUUGUUACAAUCAUAUACCACAACUUGUUCAGCCAUUCUCGUAUUGAUGGGCUUUCCCUCAAUUUCCUAUUUUUUACCAUCACAAAAAGAGCUGCUAUCAAUACAUAUAGGUUCUUUAUUAAUUUUUUAAAUCUCUUUAGAGUACAAACCUAAUAGCAGUGUUUCUAGAUCAAAGGCUUAUACACAGUUUUAUAGCACUUUGCGCAUAGUUCCCAAUUGCUCUCCAGAAUGGCUGGAUCAGUUCGCAACUCCACCAGCAGUGUAUUAGUGUCCCAAUUUCCCCACAACCCUUCCAACAUUUAUCAUUUUGCUUUUCAGUCAUAUUGGCCAAUCUGUCAUGUGGUACUUCCGAGUUGCUUUAAUUUGCAUUUCUCUAAUCAAGAUUGAUUUAAGAUAUUUUAUAUGACUAUAGAUAGCUUUGAUUUAUUUGAAAACUGCCUGUUCACAUCCUUUGACCAUUUAUCAAUUGGAGAAUAACUUGUAUUCUAAUAGUUUGACUCAGUUCUAUAUAUGUUUGAGAAAUGUAGGCCUUUACCAGAGUUACUUGCUGUAAAAAAAGUUUUCCCCAGCUUUCUGCUUUUCUUCUGUCAUUGGCUGCUUUGGAUUUUUUCUGUGCAAAAAUUUUAAUGUAAUCAAUUUUUUUUCUUAGGGAAGUCAUUGAUAGUUUGUCCAGUUUCUUUUUCUACAUUGUGAUUUUGGUAUUCUCUUUCCUCUUUUGUUAAUCUGGACAAUUUAUAUUUUUGUAAAUAUUCAGCAUUGUCAGACUUAUUGGCAUAUAGUUGGAUGAUAUAGCUUCUAAUAAUAGCUUUAAUUUUCCCUUCCUUGGUGGUCAAUUCACCCCUUUCACUUUUGAUAAUAGUAAUUUGGUUUUCUUACUUCUUUUAAUAAUCAAAUUAACCAAUUGUUUAUCUAUUUUUUGUCUCCCCCUCCCCUAACAAAACCAACUUCUAGUUUUAUUUAUUAGUUUAAUAAUUUUCUUCCUGCAGAUUUUGUUAAUCUCUCCUUUGGUUUUCAGGAUUUCCAAUUUGGUGUUUAUUUGGGAAAUUUCAAUUUUUUUAUUUGUUAUAGUUGCAUGCUCAAUUUAUCGAUCUGCUCUUUCUCUAUUUUAUUGAUGUAAGUAGUUAGAAAUAUAAAUUUUCCCCUAAGUACUGUUGUGGCUAUAUCCCAUAAAUUUUGGAGUAUUGUCACAUUGUUGUCAUUCUCUUUAAUAAAAUUAUUGAUUGUUUCUA